AUGAAGGAGAGAGAACGAAAGGACGCGGUCGAGAAGACAAGGUCGAUGGCCGCCGGCAAUACGAUGAGCGGAUGUCGAUGUGUCGCUGUUGUUCGGAAACGAGCGAACACGAGGCAGGAGGCAAUGGGGGCAGACCAAGAAAGGGGAAAGGAUGUGCCAAAUGAGGAAACAGGGAAAGUAGGCACAGUGGGUGGGCUGAAAGCUGCGGGCGAACUACGAAGUACGAAUACAGCCAGAGCGGGACUCGACACUCUCGUAUAUUAUGGAGACCAGGGCCAAAAAAAGAACGGAAAGCACGCCAAGCAACACGCAGGGGAAGGCAGAGGUGAGAAAUGUUGA